GGUACAGACCCAUGAAGAAGAGCUUGUGCACAUGCGCAGUUGUCAGAGCGGAAGAGACGCAGAGGAGCUCGGAGUGUUUUUAUUUCUGUUUCUUUGAGUCUCCGGUGAAACUCGAUGGCCGGAACCGCGCUGAAGAGACUCAUGGCGGAGUAUAAACAGCUGACUCUGAAUCCACCUGAGGGGAUCGUUGCAGGUCCAGCCAAUGAGGAGAACUUCUUUGAGUGGGAGGCCCUCAUCAUGGGUCCUCAGGACACGUGUUUUGAAGGUGGCGUGUUUCCUGCCUUGCUCAGUUUUCCCUCUGAUUAUCCUCUCAGUCCUCCAAAGAUGAGGUUCACCUGCGACAUGUUUCACCCCAACAUCUAUCCCGACGGUCGGGUGUGUAUCUCCAUCCUUCACGCUCCAGGAGACGAUCCAAUGGGAUAUGAGAGCAGUGCAGAGAGGUGGAGUCCAGUCCAGAGCGUGGAGAAGAUCCUGCUGUCAGUGGUCAGUAUGUUGGCAGAACCGAACGAUGAGAGUGGAGCGAAUGUUGACGCCUCUAAAAUGUGGCGCGAGGACAGAGAGCAGUUUUACAAACUCGCCCAGAAAAUCGUACGCAAGUCACUGGGCCUUUAGAGAUGAUGUCAUCACCCUGCAACAAUGAUGACAUCACCCUGAGAUGAUGAUGUCAUCAAACUGAGCCGAGCACUCUGUUUGUUUUAGUACUUUUCCCCCCCCCCCGCUUCUGGUAACCAACCCUCCUCAUCACCAUGGAAACCUACACACAUCCAGAGUGCUGCUGAUUAAAGGAUCGAUAAACGAUGGAUGGACGAGUGGAGCCAAUCACCGCGUUUCCAUCUAAAUGUUACAAAUAUGCAAAACUACCAAACACGCGUCAUGUGACCAUCCCCAUGAUGAUGUCACCACCACCUGUAUGGAACAUUUCACACCUGGACGACAUGGACGACCUGAGCAUCAGUGUUGCUUCAUUUUAAAUUAAUCAGCAAUCAUCUAUAAUUAAUAUCUGAACUGAUGUCAUGUGACCUCUGGCUCCUCCUCACCUGCUUGUGUAGAUGAAGCAAAGUGUCGUAAAUCACCUCGAGAUGAAUCUAGAGAAACAGAAUCAGUUGGAAUCCAGCGAUUGUGACCGAGACGUUCUGAGCUCUGUGGCGCCCUCUACAGGAAUCCUCCAGCAACACGUGUGCUACAGAGACGAGUAUGUCAUCGGUCUGAAAGAUAUCGCUGCUCUGUUCCUUGUUCGUCAUAUUUUCUGUAACUAAGCAACCAUCUGCAGAGGAGACAAUCUACUUCCUGUUAAACACAUGACCAUUCACGUACACCGGUCGUGUGGUGUAGUGUGGGCGGGGCCUGAGUGAUGACAUCUUUAGCUGACCAAGUGGGAGCGUGUGGACGGAGGGUUUCAGAACAUCUGGAUCAGACUUUCAAUAAUCUACCAUUUACGUUCAAUAAAUCAUCUAAUUUAUUAAGUCAAAUGCUGGUAAAGGGAAAAAAAGAUCUUCCCUCAAAAUAAGAGAUUAAAGUUUGAGUGAAUCCGUAACAGAAAGUGUCAGUUAGGAUAGAAGCGUCCUUUAACAGAGGAUCUGAAUACGAGUCACCUUCAGGUGAAUGUUUUAUCAUGAUGAGUUUCCUGCUGCUGUCGGUGUGAAACCAUCCAAGUGACUCUACGCACUUUAUCUCUUCCCAUUGACCUGAGAGUUCCCUGAGGACAAGUCUGCUUUUACAUUUCUUUCUUCUUCUUUUAAAAUGCGUCUUAUUGUUCUUUGUCUGGUUUUUGUUAAAGGCGACGACAGACAGGACGAGGGACAGGGAAGUUUUGUUUGUUUUAAAUUGUUGAUUUAAAAAGUUCAAUCGAAUAAACGAGGGAAGAGAAACUGA